GUUGCAACAGGAUCCUGUCAGAGCGCAGCCGCGGUGAACUGACCUCUAACAACUUAAAGUAGCUCUUAACUUGAGCCGGAAGAGGUCUGCUGCUUGGCACAACUUGUCUCCGGUAGCUAGUCACCAGUCACAUAGGUAUUACCUGCCUAUCAUCAUCAUCAUUAUUAUCAACAACUCAUAUUCUAAUCCAAUUUCGAACCGCCGUCGGGCCUUGCCUUCGCGAUGAGAGCAUUCAAGCUAGUAGAAUGGGGCCAGCCAGGCCAGUACGUCGACGUGCCCGUCCCCGAGCCGGGUCCCGGGGACGUCCUGAUCCGCAUGAAGGCCGCCGGCCUGUGCCGCUCUGACCUUGACAUGGUGGACAGCAAGCCGGGGUCGGCGCCGUACGCGAACUCGAUCGACGCGGGCUACGUGCUCGGCCACGAGAACGCCGGCUUCGUCGAGCGGCUGGGCCGCGCCGUGGCGGACCUGCGCGUCGGCGAGGCCGUCGUCGUCCACCACAUGCGCCACUGCGGCAACUGCGACUACUGCACCGACGGCGCCGAGCAGCACUGCGAGGCCUACAAGCGCAACGCCAUCGCCAUGACGCGCGGCUGCGGCUUCGACGGCGGGCUCGCCGAGUUCCUGCUCGUCCCGCGCGCCGAGGUCGUCUCCAUCGGCGCCGAGGACCCCGUCCUGUACGCGCCGCUGACCGACGCCGGCGUCACCGCCUACCACGCCGUGCGGACGGCGGUCGCGCGCCUCAAGCCGGGCACGAGCGCCGCGCUCGUCGGCGUCGGCGGGCUCGGCACGUACGGCGUGCAGUUCGUCAAGCUGCUGUCGCCGGCGCGCGUGUUCGCGGUCGACAGCGCCGCGGCGCGGCUGCGCGCGGCGCGCGAGGUCGGCGCCGACGAGGCGGUGCUGUUCGCGGGCGACGGCGCGGCGGCCGCCGAGGAGAUCCUGUCGCUGACGCGGGGCCGCGGCGUCGACGUGACCGUGGACUUCGUCGGCAGCGCCGACACGCUGCGGCUCGCCGCGGCGGUCUCGCGGCCGCGCGGCCGCAUCGUCCUCGUCGGCAUGCAGGGCGGCACCCUCGAGGUCGGCUGGGGCCUGCUCGCCACCAGCUGCGAGUUCGCCAUCAGCCUCGGCAGCACGCGCCAGGACCUGCGCGAGGUCUGCGAGCUCGCGCGCGCCGGCAAGCUGCGCAUCGACGUCCAGCAGUUCGCCUUCUCCGAGGUCCAGAAGGCCUACGACGCGCUGAGGGCCGGCACGCUGGUUGGGAGGGCCGUCGUCGUGUUCCCGUGAGGAAGCUCUACGCACACGGUACAAUCUGCACAGUGUCUACAGAGGUAGCGGAAUCCCGGACUGAAUAUGAUAGCAAUUCUAUCUCCAAUGCAACCUUGAAGCUAGGUAUCGUGAUCAAAUUACCGCCGGGAACCUACGAUGGUACGUAGGUAUGUGACUCGGGCUAUUCACGAGCACACCACCAUCCCUACACCGUUUUCGCGCAAGACAAACGUCCGGUUCUCUUCUCCCACAGCCCCCCUUGCCUUGUUCAUCUUUUAGGUAUACGUAGCUAUAGUGAAGUUUUGGGAAACUUAGCGUAUCCAUACAAUCAUAUAAGAUGGUUGGGAGCAGACGGGUCCGAGGGAGGAAGAUGAAAUGGAGAAAAUAGCCGGGCGGCGGGAUCAGCCCAUGCCAUGUAUUGCCAGGGAUUAGGGACUAUAACAGGAUCGACGCAUAAAACCACGCCGUUUCAAGCGGGAUAUUUCGGGUAGCCCACUUCUGGCGAAGGAACUAGCGAGCGGCUUGAAAUUAGAGCGGCGGGAACUAGAAUGUGAACGAUAUGGAGUAAGUAGAAGAA